AUGAAUGUGGCUGUCCUCCUCCUCCUGGGGCUGGGGCUGUUGGAGGCAGAAGGCAGGUGUUUCUUCAAUCGCACUCAGGAGCACUGUGUGUGCUACAACCUGUCCCAGGAAAGCAUAACAAGCAUCAUCCAGUGCCUCCCAGCCUCUGUCGUGGAGUUUUGGGGGGGAGACCUGGAGCAAUAUGUAGCCUUCCCUAUCAGCGACCUGGACCCCUCUGCCAUUGAAAUGUUGGGCUCCCUUGUCAUCAGGAAAAUAAUUUUUGGUGGUCUCCUGGUGCCUGAGAUACUCCUCGCCCGAGUCCUGAGGUUCUUCUCCUACACCAAAGUGCAGGAGCUGGUGUUUAAGAGCUGCAUUUUUGAGGGGAGGGGCGACUGGGAUGAAAUGGCAGGCCAGAACCUGCCCAUCUUGUCCCUGCACUUCCACAACGUGACAUCUGCACCGCUGACGGGCCGUGAGCAGGGCUUCUCUAAUCUGAGCCGCUGGCUGGAGACCCUGCAGGAGCUGGCUGUCACUGGCUCCCAUGUCACCAGCCUGCCCUGUGGCAUCGGAAGGGUCUUCAGAGAUCUGCGCUCCCUGGACGUGGCACAAAACAGCCUUGAGGAUGAGAGCUUGAUACCUGCCUUCUGCAAGGGGGCUUUCCCUCAGCUCCAGGUACUGAGCCUGCAACACAACAACCUGACAUCCUACCACAGCGUAUGCAAAAGUGUGCAGCUGCUGCACGAGCUCCAGCAUCUAGAUCUCAGCCAGAAUAAGCUCAUGGCAGACCCAUCCUACCCCUGCCAGUGGCCAGUGUCUCUCCGAAUCUUUAACCUGUCUGACACCGGCUUGGAUGAAGUCCUCACACCUCUGCCUCCCGGUCUAGAAGUGUUGGACAUGAGCUGCAACCACCUCCAUGCUGUAGACAUCUCCCUCAGCUCCCUGAAGAAACUCUUCCUGAGCCAAAACAUGCUGCAGGCUGCCCCCUCCAUCAUGAAUUACCCCAUGCUGGACACUCUCCACCUAGACAACAACUUAAUUACAGAGCUGCCAUGGGAUGAGGUGAAGCUCCUGGGGCACCUGCGGAAUGUGGCUGCGGCUGGCAACCCCUACAACUGCUUGUGCUCUGGGGCCGGGGCGCUGCAGGCACUGGCGGGCAUGGGGCAGCUUGGGCAGGGCUGGCCCGAGGAAGAAUACACAUGUCACCCCCCACCUCUCUGCCAGGGCAGGCUGGUGAAGGACGUGCCGGUCUCGGUGCUGCAGUGUAACAGUGCUGCAGUGAUUGCCCCUGUCUGCAUUGCCCUCGCCCUGCUUGGCGUGAGUCUAGCCGGGGGUCUGCGAUGGGCUCGGGGUCCUCUGUGUGUUUGA